GCAAAUCCGCAUCAGAUUGAAAAUUGUACAGCCGAAAGCUGACUUGGCUUCAUUUCUUGACCUGGCCGGCCGAUGUUAAAUGGAUACUCGGACCGAGACCCGGCCCACAUAUUCAGCUAUAACUUCACCAGGUUCUCUCAAAGUUGAGCUCUUUGUUAUUAUAGAAGAACACCUUUGGAAGAAGUAUUCCGUUCAGCUCGGUCCGACUCCGAACACAGGAUGAGUGCAAAGGUAGAUACGCCUACAUCAGCAACGGGUAGCCAAAAGGUCUCCAAGUUUGCUGCUAAGUCUGGAUUUGUUAUACCAAAGAACAAGUUGUCAGGUUCACUUGUACCAAUCUUUCGGGGAGAUAAAAAUGUUGGAGCCAGUGACCAUGGUAGUGGAGAAAGUAGAAAACAGGUUCAGAGGAAAACAAAAUGGGGUGCUGACCUGACUCAAGAUGCUUCUGUUAAGAAGGGAAGAGCCUUAGCUUAUCAGACUCGAGUGGAUCAAAUUACAAAACAGCUGAAAUCUGGAAUAUCAGAAUUUGGUGACAAUGAGAACAUGCCAUCAGAAACUCAGGAUCCCGACCACAAAUCCUCUACGAAUCAAGUUGAAAAGGAGUGUGCAGAACAAUUGGAACUCGAAAAGCGGGAAGCCAUAGGUGAAAUUCUAAAGUUGAAUCCAAGUUACAAGGCUCCAUCUGAUUACAAACCUUUACUGAAAGAGGCUACAGUUCCUAUUCAUGUCAAAGAAUAUCCUACAUACAAUAUUCUUGGUCUGAUACAUGGGCCUGGAGGUGAUAAUCAGAAGCAACUAGAAAAGGAAACAGGAGCGAAGAUUCAAGUCUACGGUACCAAAGCAAAGACAGGAGAGAAGGCUGAAAUAAAACAGUAUGCUGGGACUGAAAUCCAGGCCGAAUAUGAAAAUUUAUAUGUUUAUGUAUCAGCUGACACAUUUGAGAAAGUAGAUGCAGCUGUUGCUGUAAUCGAACUGCUAAUCACCUCUGUAUCUGGGAAUAUGUCGGCCAUUGCCAAAACAGUUAACACUUAUGAUCCUAGUCAUGGCCAGGACACAACCACCUCAGAUAUGGUUCCGACUACUAUCGUAGACCAAGGACAGGUGCAACCGGCAACAGGAUCUACGCAAACUUCAGCAAAUGGGCAGUUUCAGUACCCUGGUCCAUUUUACUCCACAGGCGAACCUGGUGGUCCAAUGAAUCUACUUGGGUUCACACCAAUGAAUCCUCCAAGGCCAAUCCUCAACAAUGCUGCUCACCCAUCACUACCUCCUUUCGACUCAACAAACCUACCUACAUUGUUUGGGGCUCCACCAGCUCUUUUUCCCCAGAUGCAACACCUACCACCACCAGUUUUGCAGCAUCCAUAUAGGCCUAAGACCGGUCCUGGUUCUCUUGGCGCACCAACAAACUUUUCUAUGCUGGCCACCCAGCCUUCAUCCGUACAAAAUCAACCUCCGCCGACAGGCCAAAGUAAUCAUCCCCUUCAAACAAUACCUGGCUGGCAACGGACACCUGCUGGAAGCUCUGCUGGAUGGAGCAGACCACUGACACCUGCGGAUUUCAGUAAUAAGAUGCACAUGGCACCUAAUCCGCUAAAUAAUCUCAAUGCAGCUCCGACGUUUACUGCUGUGCCGCAACCUCAACUCGGCCCUACUUCUACUUCACCAAUGACGGCACUUGCUCAACCCAAACCAUUUAUGAGCCCUAUGUCAGGUUCCGCUCUAGCUCCUUCAUCAGGCUUACCUUCACCUCAGCAACCAAGUAUCCCUAAUUUGGUCUCGGGAAGUGUACCAAAUUUCAAUCCUAUAAAACCGCCAAUACUGACGGCUCCAAGUCCUAGUGAUUUCACUUUCCAGCCUCACCGACCACAAAAUCCAACCUUUCAAACAGUUCCCCAGCAAAGCAGUCAGUUCUCAGUUCACAAUGCUCGCCCAGCUGGAUUGAUGGCACAACUUCAGGUAUCAUCUUUGCAGUUGCCUGUGCGACAUAUGACUCCUCAGCCUGGCAAUCAGGCAUUAUCAAGGCCACAGGUGGGUAACCAGAUGAAUCCUUCAGCUCAUAUGUCUGCUGUCCAGUUUGCCAGAAAUUCAACAGCCAUUUCAGCUCCCAGACUCGUAACAUUUCCGGAUGUCAAUUUUGUUGCACCUAGAAUGUCACUCCUGCCAAUGAGGCCGGGUAACUUCAAUCAAGCUCAACAAAUGCCCAAUUUUCCAAGUCCUUCGCCUCCAAGGCCGGGAAGUCGUAUUCAAAUUGAGCACAGUUAUCCUGGUCAAUUGGCUCCAAAUCAACAGUUCUACAACAAUCUGUUCGCAUCUGGUCAGUCGUCUAGCCCUGGAGGACGCCAACUUUACGAUCCAUUCCUACCCACUUCGACUCAACAGCAAGAAGGUAAUCCCACACAGAUGGGAAAGCAGGACACAUACUAAUGGUUGUUAUUGGAAGCAGAUAGUCUAGGAUUUUGUAAAACAGAAUAAUAUUCUCAGCAUGAUUGUCUUGGUAGCCACCCAAACACGAAUCCAAUUUCCGAAGUGUGCACAGAUCAUAUAUUAAUGUGUUGUUACUCAGCUUUAAUCUAAACUUCGGUGGACAUGUUUC